CCCCGGGGCCUGCUGGGGGAUGGAGUCCGCCCUCAGGACUACACUUCCCAGCAGCCAGGGCCUACACUCCCAUCGUGCCCCGCGCCGGAGGCCCGCGGCGUCCGAAAAGGGGGCUACCUCUCCCGUCAUGCCCCGCGCGCGGUCGCGGCAUCCGGGCGGCAGGGCCGCUCCCAAGAGGCAUCGCGCGCAGCCGCAGGAGGAGGCGAGCGUUGCCCGUGUGCAGCCGCGGCGUGGAGGACUUUCUUUCCCAUGAUCCUCCGCGCGCGCAGCCAUGGCGGAUGGGAGACUACAUCUCCCGUGGUGCCUCGCGCGGGGGGCAGCAUGGAGCCCAGUGUGGCUUCGCUGGAGAGGCGGGUCUGCGGUUGCCUGUGCGACUUCGGCUUCGAGCUUUCUCCCUUCAAGGUUGGGUGGUACAAUGCUGUUCUUCAGCCGUCCUUUCACCUCCAAUACUCCGAGGGUGCCCUGGCAUUUGUUGUCCUCAGCACCCCCUCGAUGUUUGACAAAGCCUUUAAACCCUUUGUGAACAAACAGCUGCUGAAAAAAAUCAAUGACCCAGUGGAUCAAUGCGUUUCUUAUCAUCUGUCACUUGUGAAGGAGAGUCUCCCUGACCAGAGGGUGGACAUCAUCUAUGAUUAUGAGAUCCUGCCAAACCGGAAGCCCAAGUUUCUGGCUCAGACAGCUGCCCAUGUGGCUGGAGCAGCAUAUUACUACCAGAGGAAGGAUGUGAGGUGUGAUCCCUGGGGAGAAAAGAAGAUUUAUGGUGUUUGUAUCCAUCCCCGGUAUGGAGGCUGGUUUGCUAUCCGAGGUCUCCUCAUAUUCCCAGAUGUUCAGGUGCCGUUCCUGGAGCAGGUUGCUCCUAUUGAUUGUGUGGCCUCGGAGGAGAAACGAAUAGAGCUGCUGGAGAAAUUCAAUUUCCACUGGCGGGACUGGAGCUAUAGGGACAUCAUUAAAGUGAAGGAACGGUACUCGGAGGAGCAGAAAGCCUACUUUGGAGCUCCUCCAGCAGAGAGAUUCAAACUGCUAGAGCUGCAAGGAGUUGUCCAGAGAAGUAGCGAGGAACACAAGGACAGCUAGGAUGUAGGCCCUGACACUGCUGUCCAAAAAAAAAAAAAAAACGAUCUCUUAUGUGCACCAGAAGUGGUAUGGGUAGACAAGACAUUUUUACCGAACUGAUUUUUCAGGUAAGUUAACCGGUCUUUCCACUCCUGGUUCUGGUGGGGAGUGUGCUUACUGGACAGAGACUUGGCUGAGGAAGGGGACUAAAAUGAAGCCUAGAGAGAGGACUGGCUAGGUGCAGAGAAUGGGAUGAGGAGCCAGGAAUGGGAAACAUAGGAUUGGAAUAGAGACAGGGAUGAUGUCCCUAGCCUGUUUGCCAGAAUCUGGGAAUGGAACACUUGAUUAUCCGUUCUGUACAUUCCCUCUGGGGCAUCUGGCAUUGGCCACUGUUGGCUGACAGGAUAGUGGGCUAGAUGGACCUUUGGUCUGACCCAGUAUAGCUAUUCUUAUGAGACAGUUAAACAAAUUGCAUGCAAGAACCCGAAUGCUCAUUUGCACCAUGGACCAAAGGAAAGGUGUUAUUUUCAGAGUUACUUCAUGUCCCUAAGUCACUGCUGGAAUCCUUAGAGAAACAAUACACUGUUUUAGUUUUCAUGAGUUUAAUAGUUACAAAAUGUCAGACAGCUGUUCUACAUGCAACACUGAUCCAACCACUUACACCGCACUGGUCAUUGAAGUCAACAGGGCAUGAUGCACAAGUAUUGAUCAUUAAGAUUCUAUAUGAAGGUACUGGUCAAUAAGACUAGUAAAAAGGAUGGCUGACACCUUCAGACAAGACUCCUCUUGACUCACAGUAUACAAUCUUUAAAUAGU